AUGGCGCAGGCGAUGGAGUUCAUCUUCUUUCUCUAUCUGUUAUCCUCAGUUGCCGCCACUGAUGUUUUUAAGCUGGUUAACAGCUCUGUUCAACUGGAUAUACAAAAGGAAGCUCCUAAAGAUGUCUCUGUUAAAUGGACAUUUAACAUAAAUAGAACUAUUGUGCGGAACAUUGGAACUUUGUCCAAAAAUUAUAAAGACAAAGCGGAGUUCAAUACAAAAACUUUCAGUCUGACAUUGAAGAACUUACAGAAGAAUGAUAGUGGAAUCUAUGCCGCAGAUGCAGAAAAUGAUGAUAUAACCACAAAUGUGGCAAAGUACCAAUUAUGUGUGUUGGAUCCAGUGGAGAAACCUGUCCUCAUUGUCUCUCACCAGCAAAUUAAUGGCACCUGUAAUGCAACUUUCAUCUGUAAAGCUCAGUAUUUUUCAGUUAUCUCUAACUGCUACAAUGAUCAGUGUGAUAACAAAACAGAGAAAGAAUCUGGAAACUUCCUGCUUUCAGUGUAUAGCAGAAAUGGCUCCAUUGUUUGUAAUCAUAGCAACCCAGCCAGCUGGGAAACUGCCACUGUGGAGAUUAAACAUGUGAUACAACUCUGCCUUUCUAAAGAAGACAAAGAACCAUCCGCUGGGCCUCCAUUAAAUAAUACUGUAAUCCCGUUAAUCUCUGUAGCCACAGUUACUGGUCUUGUCAUUGGUAUCGUCAUUUUUCUUUACAAGAAAAAUGAUAGGACAACAGAACCUGACAACACAGUCUAUGAAGCGGUUCAGGGGGGAAAUAAAACAGAGACAAUUGAGAUGUCAGAAAAGCAUGAAAAUCCUGGUACUGUUUACUGUACUGUUGGGAUGCCAGCCAAUGCUUGUAGUAGUGAUGAGAGCACUGUAAGCACUGAACUUCCUGGUAACAAGGCAGCGGACCAAAGGGGAGUCAAACACAAUCACAGCAGCCCUGAUGAUACUCCAAAUACAAAUCAAGGAGCAGGAAACAAUUAUGAGUCAGUGGAAAUGACAACACCUCAAACUAUUUAUGCAACAGUGAAUAAGAAUGGUAAAAUGUAAGGAAAUCCAGUUGGAUG